AUGUCCCAAGGACGUCGUGAAGCACGCCGCGAAGCACGUCGAGCAGAGUCUCCGCCGGAUCCACGAGACCGUCGUCGACGUCGUUUGAAUCCGUCUUCGAUUGCGAUUGACCAACCGCGUCCGACUGAAUUCGUUUCCUCUUGGCUUGAACAACAAGACUCGACUCGAUCGGGUGUGCCAGCGCAAACAACGUCCUUGACCAAUUUUCGCAUUUUCCCUUCAACACAACUACGCGAGACAAGUCACCCCAACUUCUUGAACUCAGCGCUUGAGCAAGGAAUCACACAGAGUGUUGUCAGUAUGCGGGACCACAACACCGUAAUGCAGUAUAAUGAUGCCGGUCCAUCUUCUGCAUCCCACCCACCCGCUGUUGAUGUUGACGCCGACGAUCUUUCAACCUCAGCCCCUGUUGGCGAUCGCUCGGUAAACUCUCGACGCAACGGACCUCUCUUGAACAUGGGCCAGAUCGUUUCCAAGAAUCAAUCCGCCUCUGCGCCUACUGAUCUGCAAGCUCUGUCUGCCGCUGACAGCGAUGACAUAUCAUCUGACACCUCAGAAAGCUCACAGGAGGGUGGUGUGAGACUGUGGCCUUCUCACGGCGAAUUGUCUCUGGCUCGCUAUACGGGUGUCGACAACAACGUACCGCAGUCGAGUCAAUUCCCUCGUCAUGUCUGGGGUCCGCGCAACAUCGAUGUCGGACUGGCCUGUGAAGACGAACGUUCGGCCAAGAAACCAACAUAUCCCGACAACCCUGCACUUCUCCUCAUCUAUCAGCUGGAUCGCAACACACCCGAGCCUACGCUGCGCUUCUUGCCAUUCAUUCCCGUGUCACAGAAGAGAAAGAACAAGAGCAAGAACAAGCGUUUCAUGAUCCAACCCUCGCACAAGCAAAGCAUUGAUGCCUCUCAACUGACAGCCAGAAGAGCACAAUGGGUCCCUGGUGAGUUUCCUGUUGAACUCUUCGAACUCAUCAACCAACACCUGUCCCGCGAUGACAUCAAGUCGAUGCGUCUGGUAAGCAAGGAGUUUGAACGUGGUGUGUCAGGCUCUCUCUUUGACACUGUUGUUGUUCCAUUCAACACGGAACUCUACGAGAUGAUUGAGCAGAAGGUGGUAAAGCGCAACCUCAAGGGCAAGCGCAGAGCCGACGACCCUGUCAACAACUUUGUCGACCUGGAUCCCGGCUCACUGCUUUGGGAGAACGCCUUGGACGACACAGAAGAUAAGGUCUAUCGCGGUCACGGUCUCAAGGUCUUCGAAGGCUUUGGCCACCACAUUCGUCGCUUCGGCAUGAGUUUUGAGAUCAAGGAAGACGCCCUCCAGAACCCACCCAAGAAGAACAAACUUGACAGCCACGAAAGCUACUUUGGCUCAUAUGAAUGGCCAUCACAGGAGUAUACACGCUACGAACUACUGGCUGGUCUUGAACGUACAGCAGACGAGACGUCACAAAUGAAGCUGGCCUUCUCACACUUGUCAGUUGUUCAGCAGCUUGCACUUUCCAUGGACAGCGGCCUUGGAUGGAUGAGCGGUCCUGACAAGUCGCUACGCAGUAUGAUUCUGCAGCGACCUUCUCCCCUUUUCGGUUGUUCGCACGGCAUAGUGGACGCACAACAACAAGAGCGCAUCAGAUUGUGGGAGUCUAUCGAGUCCGCACAUGCCAGAUUAGGUGCUUUGGACGACUUGAAGGAGGGCUCACUCGAACGUGUCAACCUGGAGGAGAACUUUUUCUUGCGUCUUCCAUUCUCAACCACCCCAUACGCCUCCNNCCCUUCUCUGUGGGCCACUGCUCCUGCCCAGCAAAUUGUCGCCAUGGUGCCUGGUGUUGUCGAUAACGAAGAUCACAACGCUACUGAGACAGGAGUCCUAUACAUUUCUCCCUCCGACACACGCGACCAAUCAUCCCACGCCGAAGCUCAGAGAUUGGAAUACUCAAGGAGACUUGAGAAGUUCAGUCCUGCCAGCUUGAACACUCACCAGAAGGAGUGGCUCUUGGAGGCCGAAUGGGCACAGAGAGCAUUCCUCACCACAUACAUGCUCGGCGUCGUGGACAACAGCUCGGUGUUUGACAAGGUGUCGGUCCUGAACUUCCGCGUCUCCAGCCAUCUGGUACCUUUACUCUGUCGUCACGACUUCUGGACCGCUCUUCCAAAGUUGCAAGAGGCUUCACUAGCUGUCAUCCCUGAUUGGCGCACCGUCGAGAGAGACGAGGCUGAGAUCGUCGAGACCAAGGACAUCGAUCCUUCGGUCGCCAUCGACAAGACAUACAGUCUGCUUCAAGACUACAUCGGUGUUAGACCGAACAUUACCAAGCUCAACUUCUCUUGGGCUGCCGGUGGCGAGCACGCUGAGGGCAUCUUUGCUCGUAACCACCACAUCUUGCCUGCCCCCAUCACCGCCAUUGCUCGCUCAACAGCCAUUGUUCCAAAGGAUGACGAACUCAUCGAUCUGCCACAUAUCAGAGAUCUUACUUUCUCCAAUUGCUGGUUUACACCCAUCUCCAUCGUGGCGAUAGUCAAGAAGCUGCGCACAGAAUCUCUCAAGAAGAUUAGGUUUGACUCUGUUUCGCUUACUGCUAUGCCACGCGGCAACAUUGCCGUGGCCAAUCCCAACAAUCACCUGAUGGUCAAUCCGAACCUGUUUCCUCAACAAGCUCAGGGACCUGGUAUGAUGAUGCUAGGUGGUAAUUUCGCUGCCCAGUUCGGCGCCCAGGUCUGGCAAGGUCCGCCCCCGGGUAUGCCUGUCCAACAAUGGGCUCAGGCAAUGAUUCAUACUCUGAAUGCCACGACACAGCAGCAGGGUAUUGUACUCUAUCAGGUCCCUCAAAUUUGGACGAACCACCCGAUGGGAAUGACGAUGCAGCAAAUCCAUGGCAUGUUGGCCGGACUUGCCGCUGGCAAUGGUCCGCCGAUGCCCCAACCUGGAUUGCUCUAUCAGCUUCCNGCAGCAGCAGCAACAGCAGGCCGGUGCAGCCCAAUUGCCACAAAACGGAGGCCCUCCACCAUUCCAACCACCACCCUUCCUCAAGCCGCUGGCUGGCCUUUGGCCCCUCAGCCCGCAGCUCAAAUCGCUCCUCCGCCUCAGGUCAAUAAUGGACCUUGGUACGAGGGUCACCGCAUUGGUUCAUGGGUCUGGGUGAUCGACAAGAUAAGCCCAGGACCUACACUCGAAAUGUAUCAACCCCGCGACGAGUUUGAGCCCGCACCCGAACCACGCAACAAUGGCCUCGUGUCUGCUGAGUUCAGUUCAUGCGGCUACGUACAGCUCCGUGCUCCAACCUUUGGCGACCAGAACAACAUAGAAGCACCUGCAGCGUUCCGCAUGAGCCGCCACUUUGUCCGUCGCCAGAGCCUUCUAUCACCGGCCAUGCUUACUACCCAGGACAAGCUCCUUGGCACGAUCGUACAGUACAUGUCUGAGCACGAGACAGAUGCUCUUCACCACGCAUGGGGCAUGACAAUUGGCUGGAAUGACGCAAAGCUCGCCGAAGAGGUCGAGUAUGAUGGCUACCUCACCGGAGGCACUGGCCGUUUCUCAGGAAGUGUGACCAAGAACUCGGUCAUGAAGGAGGCUUAUUCUGCUCAGCAGUCUUGA